AGUGCACCGCAGCCGCCCCCUCCCUAGCGCCAGCACGUCGUAUUCCCAGUGACCCGCAACCCAGGCGCGCCGCAUCCCCAGUGACCUACAACCCCGGCGCGCCGCAUCCCCGGCGACCCCUAGCCCCAGCGCGCCCCUUCCCCGGUGCCUCCGAUCCCCACCCGCCACCGUCGCUCCUCCGGUCCGGCGAGACCAGCACUGCCCUCGACUCUACAACACAUCUCCGCUCCUAUCGCAUCUCAGGUCAGCUCCGCAGGCCUCCCUCCUUCUGUCGUUCCUCCCAGCCCCCUCAUCUCUUUCGAGGUGCUCGGCUCGCUGCCUCGUACUUGACCUUCCCGCUCCUCCACCCCUGUACCGCCGCUCCCUCCUGCUGUCCUCACCCACAAGCUCGGUCCCUUGACAGAAAUUGUUGUAUCCUACCGGUGCUACUUCUCCGACGAGGUCAUUGUGUUGCAUAUGCGCUGGCAAACAACAUCGUCUCUGGUUUUGUUUCCCUUAACAAUCGAGACGGCAUGCUCCACUUGGCUUCAAAUGCACCGUGGGCCUGCUCCACUUGGCUUCCACAGCACCACCGGCAGACAAGCCCGGAUGCCAUCGUCCGAACUGCCACACCGCCCAGCCGCAACGCUCCUCCAGCCACCAUCCGGCGGCGCACGGUGCUCCAAGUACGUCCUGUGGAUGCCUCCUCCUCUUGCCUACUCUUUGCGAAGCGCACGACCGUCUCCCUUCUGCCCCAUCCAUCCAGGCCCCAAUAUUUAUUUCUUCAGUUCUCUUCCGCCGUCAGGUCGCACCCUCUUCCUUCUGCAGGCCACCACCUCCUGCUUCUGCAGGCCGUGCCACAUCCCCCCACCCGCAGCGGACAGGCCGUUCACCGCCGGCACCAUAGUCCGUUCACUACCGACAGCCGAGGCCGUUCAACGAUGCAACGACGAGUACUAGUUUGGAAGGCCAGGAAGUUCUACUUCUGGCAUAAGCCAACGGAGCAUCGGUCGAAGAAGGCCGAUGCGCCUCGUGCCAGCUCCGGGCAUCGCCGGAGGCCCUAUCUGUUCUUCCACCCCCCCGGUGCACUCACCGUCGAGCCUAUCCAUGCACAGCUCUAGUAUUUAUGAGCUUCAGGCUUGUCGUUGUUCAUGCAGAUUAAUUCUUUGUUAAUUGCUAUUGCACAUUCAGUAAAUGUAGCCUUUGUAUUCUCAGUGAAGUUUUAUUGUGAAGAUGUUUUAAUGCACACCGAAACCAGAUUGUCUGCUGCUACAUGCGCAUCAUAUGUGUAUUUUUCCAUCGAGAAACCUCAUCAUAUGUAAAUGUCUUCUAACUCUAGAUUUUGAUGAUGCAAAGUUGUAUCCGUGUACACAUUUUUUAUUUCUAUUGCUCUUGGUUCAAAUGACCAAUUGCUAUA